UUCGUGCCAGCUGCUGUUUGACACUUUGCUCGCGCAGCGAUACGGGCCCACUGGCAUGUGGGCGUUGUUUGGCCUCGGAGUACUUGCGGCGCUGGCUGGCGAACUUGUUGCAAGCAUCGACGAGGAGGAAGACUAUGACAACGAGAAAUUUUCAGAAAUCAGCUCUGAUAAGCGUAUAACUAGAGGUCACCACGCCCACAGAGGCCAGUUUCCCCACCAGGCAAGUCUGUGUUAUAGCACCCGCCAACGCAAUCACUGUUGUGGAGGUUCACUUAUCUCGAAUCAAUGGGUUCUGACUGCGGCGCACUGCGUUAAAGGGAGAAACUCAGUUAAUGUAAAACUGGGCAGCAAUAGGUUGGACAUCAAAGAACCAGGACAAAUUGCGUUCCCGUCCAGCAAGAUUAUUCCGCACCACUUGUACAAGGGGCCAACACAGGACAAGUAUUUUCACCAUGACAUUGCGUUGGUGAAGUUACCAAAAGCCGUCAGGCAGUAAGGCUAAUGUUUGGGAAUCUUCAAAUUUUGUACUCAGUCGUCCGUCAGUAAAUUCUGAAUGUUUUGAGAGUCAACGUGGAUGUUGGACUUACAACCAUUUCAUCUCAGCUGGAGUAUGGGGGAGAGGGGGCGGUCGGGCGGCGGUGGCACGCCCCGCAACGCCCUGCCUUCCCGGGCCAGCCCAGGAUUGCAGCUGUACUUUUUGUACCAUUCAUUUUGGGGAGGCCCGGGACUGAGCCUGUACCACAAAUCCCACUCUCGGAGCGCGGAGCGAGCGCCUGAUCUCCGGAGAACAGUAGAAAAGUACACCUUGUACCACUGAUGUACUUUGCUUACCAGUAUUUCCUUCCGCCUCGGGAGGCUAGGCUGUUUCACAAAAACGUUAACACUGCGUGUUAACAAAUAGACGAUCCGAAUAAAACAAAAUCUAAUACAAAAUUAUUUUUACUAAUUAAAUACGUUAUUGCUUUCUAGAACAAGAGUAGUUACGACUCUUUGUUCUGAGAUUCACGGCCUUGUGCGUUGUUGUCGUCCGUUUUUGCUGACACUGACCCUCACAAAACCCCCCCGCAGGCGGAACAAAAUUGGGGGACUAACACUUCUUAUGAGUUCCCUUGCGAGACCAUCGACGCAUCCGUGCAACAAAGGCGGAUCAAAAAGCGGUGGCUGAACAAUGACGGAUCAGAAAGCGGUCGCUGAACAUCGACGGAUCAGAAAACGGUCGCUGAACAACGACGGAUCUGCUUUUUGCUGAUCUCGGCAUAUUUGACUUUGGGGGCCUCUCACUCAUCGCGGAGACGUUGUAUUGUUUUCAGUAAAACAUCAUUUUAAUUGUCAUCAUCUCGUGAAUAAACAGAGACAACACCCGACACGAUGCGAUAUCUCUAAGGAGAGUAAGAGGCCUCCAAAGUCAAGUAUG